UAUCUGAUAGGCCUAAUAAAGUGAAAUUGAUGACAUCAUCGCAGGAAAUUGCACCAGCAUCACAGAAUUGCACAAAAGCUUAAGAGGGGAAUAUUGUAACAUGUUCAUGGAUGAUUGACACAAAAAGUAACUGUCAAACCCGCCGUACUAAAUGCGUUCCAUUUAGAUAGGUUUUAGUGUAUCAUACAUGUAUGUAUAACAAGUUCAUCCUCUCAGUGUACACUAUGGGUGCUAUAUUAUGCAGUCUUUUAAUCCGGACACCACCAAGGCUAACCCUUGAGUCUCAAUACAACCUCCCUCUACCAAGGACCAUCCAUAAAACAUUAAGUCGGGACAUUAUACAAGGAAAAAGAGUAUUUGUUGUUGGAGACAUUCAUGGUUGUUAUGAUGAAUUUAUCGAACUUGUCAAAGUUGCAGAUGCCAAUGUCGAUAAAAAAGAAGACAUUUUGAUUAUCUCAGUUGGGGAUGCCAUCAACAAAGGACCUAAAAACAUCAAAGUUUUGGAUUACAUUAUUGCUCGAAAAAACACCAUUUUUAUGGUAAGAGGUAACCAUGAGGAUGGAUUACUGCAUGAAUACUACAAACAUAUCGCAAAUGAUUCAUACCAAAUCCGUAAAAAAUGGCAGUGGAUUUGCGACCUCAAAAAGGAACAUAUAGAAUUCAUAUCUGAAUUACCAUACACAUUCUCCAUCCCUGAUUUGAAUGCGAUAAUUGUUCAUGCGGGAUUAGUCCCAGGGGUGCCACUGACUGAACAACAUCCUAUAGAUAUGACACUUAUGAGGAAUAUUAUAGACUAUGAAGGGAUUAAUACAAGAGGUACCGAAAAAACAAAACAGGGUAUGCAAUGGGCACGAUUAUGGUCAGGCCCAGAACAUGUAUAUUUUGGUCAUGACGCUAGACGCCGUUUACAACAAUUUAAAUAUACAACAGGGUUGGAUACUGGUUGUGUUUAUGGUGGUAGUUUAACAGGGGUCUAUCUCACUGGCUCUCAGGAAAUGUUCUCAGUGAAACCAAAAAAUGUUUAUCAACCUGUACAGUAGACUAAACAGUUAAG